AUGGCUCUUGAAAAGUGGACAGUAACAACUACAGACUCCGAAGAACAAACAGAAAUAAUUAAUAGCCACAUAGCCGCGAUGUUAAAAAGGCGCGUGUCAACGGUCAUACGAAGGCAAAUAACUGAGACGCGAGUUUUCGUUUUCGCCAUCAUCGCCACCUCUAUCAUUACCAUCAUCUUUAUCAUUAAUGUCACCAUUAUCAUCGACACCAUCGAAGUCAUCAUCGUCGUCGUCACCAUCAAGGUUAUACAGAGAGAGAAAAAAAUACGAGCCUAUACACUCAGGCGUGUUUUUUUAUUGCCUGAGUGUGUCUCGUGCUUUAUACUGCGGAGCAUAACAUUGAAAUGGAGAGUUGAAAUUUCUUUGGAGAUACUGACAGUUGGUAACAGAGUGUCAAAGUUGUGGAUUUUUACCAGAGUCGAAAUUUUUUGUGGCGCAGGAGUCGUAGUCGGAUAUUUUUUAUCCCACUCCUAUUCCUGA